AAAAAUACGUCGCGUGAGUUUUGCAGCGUUGUAAAAAAUGCCUGGAGGGGGUUCCGGCAGUAUGAGAUCGGGCAUGUGGUUCCUGGUCAGUAUCCCAAAGGAAGCCACCGAAAAUGCAGCGCGCUCUUGCGCCGACAGCCGGGCAACAUCAGAAGAUGAUGACAGGGAAAACUUUUGCGAUAGCAAGGAGCACCUUACCUUGAAGCAGGCUCUUGUAGAGUGCCUAGAGUCAUAUGGAAUUCGAAAUGCCAUUUGGAAUGCAACUGCUGAGGACACGUACUACCAGGUGUCCUUUCCUUAUGAAAGCGGCAAACCAACAGAUUGCAUUCUGAGCGACUUGACGUCUCGUGGAAUCGGUUCGAAAUAUGACUCAACUAUUGGCGUGUUUCCAUGUCCGAUAUUCUAUAGAGCCACAGCACCAGAAAGUGAUGACGAGGAACAAAUUACCGUUGCUGAUGCUAACUACGAGUCUGCGGAUGAAGAAAAAAAGGAGAAAGAGAAGGAGAGUGGAUUUCGAUCGAUGCAGAGAAAGUUCCUGAAAUCAGUGAAGGCACGACUUACGGUUGCUCAGGUUGUUGCAGGGGUCAAGGCUCAGGGAGAGCUCACAUUUGAUUUUGUGGCAUUCAUAAUUCUUGCAGGCAUGAUUGCUGCUCUUGGCCUGAUGGAUAACAACGUAGUCUCAAUAAUAGCUGCUAUGCUGGUGUCACCCCUUAUGGGUCCCAUAAUGGCAAUCACAUUUGGCAUCAUAGUUCGUGACACGGCUCUCACCAAACUUGGCUUGAAGACAGAGCUUAUAGGCCUGUUCAUCUGCCUGUUCUUUGGCUUCUUCUUUGGCCUUCUGAAUGCCUUCUGGGGUGACAUACCGCCUUACGAAGGCACCAGCUGGAGUCCGUCACGGUGGCCGAACCCCGAGAUGAGUUCUAGGGGUCAUUGGAGAAGUCUUUGGGUAGGAUCCCUGGUGGCCCUGCCGUCAGGUGGUGGCGUUGCCAUGGCGAUUCUGGGUGGAAAUUCUGCAUGCCUGGUGGGAGUAGCCAUAUCUGCCUCUCUCCUGCCACCAAUCAUCAACAGCGGAAUCCUGUGGUCGUUAUCUUUAGUGAAGGUGUUCAAGUCACUGACACAAGAUCCCAUUGAGGUCAAUGUCACGGGAACUACCCUGACAGUGCCCCCCGCCUUCAUAGCACCAGUGGGCUACAGUCCUUACUACUUUGACAAGUACAGCAUGCACAAAGAGUGUGCGCUGCUUGGAGUCAUCUCCUUCUGCCUCACAGUGGUCAACAUCCUCUGCAUCAUUCUUGCAGGCACCCUUGUCCUCAAGAUCAAGGAGAUUGCCCCGGCUAAAAGCCUGCAAGGCACAAGACGGUUUUGGAAGCAUGAUAUUAAGGUCGCCAGAGACUACAACAAGACCCUGGGAGGUGCAGCAGCGAGCAGCAUGGGCAAGAAACUUCUUGAAGAGUGGAAGAAACUGGAUCCAAAGAAUGGAGACCCCGCCGCGGCCAGCAGAAAUCUACAAGACCUGCAGAGUAUGAUAGAGGAGGCUGAGGACGAUGACGUGUACCAGACAGUUGUGCAGCAAAUGGCCAAUCAUCCCCCACCACUGAACAUGGUGCGCUACCUGUCGAGAGCACUGUCCACACCCGAGCAAAAGGAGCACCCCAGCGGAGGGCGCAUGAGUGUCUGGGAACUGGAGAGCCUGCUCGGUGCGGAGCCUUCGUCUUCUCAGACGAAGCCCAGGGUCACUUUCAAGCUCAAACGUAGCAAGUCGGAGACCACGGAAGCAGAUUCCUCACCAGGUCGAGGUAAACAGCCGGGCCGCAAGAGGGCUGGCUUCUUCCCAUUUCGUCGUGUGUCCCGCUUCCAAGUGUCAAAGGUGGACGAAGGCGCCGAGCGGCCAGUACCUCUGCUGAGCAAGAUGAGGAGACUAUACCACAGCACCGAAUCGGAGUCACCUACGUGAUCACAGUCACACUAGCACAUUGCGCAAUGUGUGAUCUGCAACCACUAAGUGAGCCUUACUUGAUGUUGUCUAGGCAGAUGCCGUCAGUGCAUUGUUGCUGUUCUGGUCACCAAAAUCUUAGAGCUCAUGUGUUGUCAAGCUAUGUUACCCUGCCAUUCACUCCCUUGCCAUGUUCUUAUAACAUUUUUUUUAUUCUAAAUCAGCCUGAUCUCACACACACAGUGGUGCUCGUUUGCAUGAUGCAGAAAGCUGGGCAUUUCGUAACUUAUACGGUUGUCACACAAUGUCUGCGAUCAAGCAUGGACCAGUCACAAUCGCUCACUUGCAUGAGGCACAGGAAGCCAAUAAUGUUGAAAAAUUAGUACUGAAUUGGUCUUAAUCACAAUCAACUGUGAUCAUGUGACAGCACCCAAGGAUAUUCUAGUGUUGCAAGAAGAAAAAAAAAACGCCGUAGAGAUGAGGAAAAAAAUAUGGUACAGUAUGAUGCUGUUCUUGAACUAAUCUUACUAAGUCAAUAGCUACAGUAAAACAGAUAGCUGGGUGAGUUGG